CCAAAAUUUGGCAUUUCGGAUUUCAGCUGGACUUUGUUUUGUAAUCCAGUAUUGUGUGUGACGUGUUAAAAAUAGAAUAAAAGCCUGGAUAUUUGAAUAAAAUUGAAUUAGAGCCACUCUCUAGCAUCAUCAUCACAGAAAUUUUCCUGUUGCCAUCAUGGAAAGUUCCAUGCAGAAAUUGAAAGCGCGAGCCAUCGAAGUGGAGAACAACAAAUGGAAGAGAAAUCUGGCCAUAGCCGCUAUGCUUCUUGUUGUUUUCCUCUCGUUGCCGGCUGUCUGCAAGUCACACGGCGCUCAACAACCUGCUAGUUUUAAGUACUCGAAGGAGGCCAAUGAGAACUUCGAUAAGAAUGCAGCCAAGCCACAUAUUCAUGACCAUGGACACCAUCAUCAUCACGACCAUGAUCAUGAUCAUGAACACCAUCAUCAUCAUGACCACGACCAUGAUCAUGGACACCACCACGAUCAUGACCAUGGACAUCAUGCUCAUCUACAUGAAGAAUCAACCAAAACAACACGGGAACCAAUGGACAUGUCCACAAUUUGGUUGCAUUCAAUCGGAUCCACUCUUCUCAUCAGUGCUGCACCCUUUGUCUUGCUUUACAUCAUCCCUCUGGAUAACAGUGAGGCAAUGCGGCCGAGACUUAAGAUACUUCUGGCUUUCGCUUCCGGUGGUCUUUUAGGAGACGCAUUCCUCCACCUAAUUCCUCAUGCGGCACAUCCACACACUCAUGGUGACCAUGAUCACCAUUCUCAUAGCCACGAUCACAGCCACUCUCAUGAAGGUGAAGACGCCCACGGUCACGGCCACUCGCACGACAUGACCAUUGGCCUUUGGGUUCUUGGCGGAAUCAUUGCUUUCCUCGCAGUUGAGAAACUUGUCAGAUUGAUUAAAGGAGGACAUGGUCACAGUCAUGGUCCAGCAAAGGUCGCCCAAGACAAGCCAAAAACCGAUGACAAAUCGAAGAAAGCUAAAGAUGGCACGCAGAAGAAGUCUGUGAAGAAAGUCGAAGAGAAACACGACGAAGUCGAAAUCGCCGGCUAUCUUAACUUGGCUGCCGAUUUUGCCCACAACUUCACAGAUGGCCUUGCCAUAGGCGCUUCCUACUUGGCUGGAAACAGCAUUGGCAUCAUCACUACAAUCACAAUCCUUCUCCACGAAGUGCCCCACGAGAUUGGCGACUUCGCGAUUCUCAUCAAAUCCGGCUGUUCGAAGCGGAAGGCUAUGAUGUUACAACUUGUUACAGCACUUGGUGCUCUUGCUGGAACCGCAUUGGCUCUAAUGGGAGCCGGAGGUGAUGCUGCAGCAACUUGGGUUCUUCCCUUCACAGCUGGAGGUUUCAUUUACAUCGCAACUGUGAGUGUAUUGCCAGAGCUCCUAGAAGAAUCCACUAAGCUUGGUCAGUCAAUCAAAGAAAUCUCUGCGCUACUCGCUGGGGUCGGUCUCAUGGUGUUCAUAGCUAACUUUGAAUAAGUUUCCUUUCCUUUAUUUUCUCCUUAAUGGAUAUGUAAGUUAAGUUAUAAAUAGCGAAGGAGUGAACUUAUUGAGACCGUGAAAGUUUUAAGUAUAAACAAAAAAAAGAAGCAAAGUGGCUGAUUACAAGGAAGUUAACUGACGACGACACAAGUGCAACCACAGUGGGGAUUGUCAUUGUAGAUAAGACUUAAGUGUUUGAUAGGUAUGAAAUUGUUGUAUAGAAUGGUUAAAAGUUAAAAUUUAAUUGUAAUUAUUUUUGUAUACAAAUAAAAGUUUACUCCUAGCAUUUUAAGGAACAAAAACAAA